AUGUCAUUAACUGCUGACGAAUACAAGCAACAAGGUAACGCCGCUUUUACCGCUAAGGAUUACGGUAAGGCCAUCGACCUCUUCACCAAAGCCAUCGAAGUCUCUGAAGCUCCAAACCAUGUUUUAUAUUCCAACAGGUCUGCCUGCUACACCUCUUUGAAGAAAUUCACUGACGCUUUGAACGACGCUACCGAAUGUGUCAAGAUCAACCCAUCAUGGUCCAAGGGUUAUAAUAGAUUGGGUGCCGCCCAUUUAGGGCUUGGCGAUCUAGAUGAUGCUGAAAGCAACUACAAGAAAGCCCUGGAAUUAGAUGGCACUAACAAAGCAGCUAAGGACGGGUUGGACCAGGUCCAUCGUAGUCAACAAGCGAGACAGGCUCAACCUGAUUUAGGGUUGACCCAGUUAUUUGCUGACCCUAAUCUAAUUGAAAAUUUGAAGAAAAACCCAAAAACUAGUGAAAUGAUGAAGGACCCUCAAUUGGUGGCCAAGUUGAUUGGCUACAAGCAAAACCCACAAGCCAUUGGCCAAGAUUUAUUCUCCGAUCCAAGAUUAAUGACCAUUAUGGCUACAUUGAUGGGUGUCGACUUGAACAUGGAUGACGUAAAUCAAUCAAACUCCAUGCCAAAGGACCCAGCCACUGACGCCAACGCUGAACAAAAGCAAGACGCUAAACCACAGACUACAAAGAGCGAAAGUUCUUCAAAGGCUCCACAACAAGAGGAAACUAAGGAAGCCGAACCAAUGGAAGUUGACGAAGAUGACUCUAAAGUCGAAGCAGACAAAGAGAAAGCCGAAGGUAACAAGUUUUACAAAGCCCGUCAAUUUGAAGAAGCCAUCGAACACUACAACAAAGCUUGGGAACUACACAGGGACAUCACUUACUUGAACAACCGUGCUGCCGCUGAAUACGAAAAGGGUGAUUACGAAACCGCUAUUGCAACUCUAACUGAUGCUGUGGAGCAGGGUAGAGAAAUGAGAGCUGACUACAAGGUUAUUUCCAAAUCAUUUGCUCGUAUCGGUAAUGCUUACCACAAAUUAGGUGACUUGAAAAAAACCAUAGAAAAUUACCAAAAAUCAUUAACUGAACAUCGUACAGCUGAUAUCUUGACCAAAUUAAGAAACGCCGAAAAGGAACUGAAAAAAGCUGAAGCCGAAGCAUACAUUAAUCCUGAAAAAGCAGAAGAAGCUCGUUUAGAAGGUAAAGAAUAUUUCACAAAGAGUGACUGGCCCAAUGCUGUUAAGGCUUACACAGAAAUGAUCAAAAGAUCUCCUGAAGACGCAAGAGGCUAUUCUAAUAGAGCCGCUGCUUUAGCUAAGCUAAUGUCAUUCCCCGAGGCUAUUGCUGACUGUAAUAAAGCCAUCGAAAAGGACCCAAAUUUCGUAAGAGCUUACAUCAGAAAGGCUACCGCACAGAUCGCUGUUCAAGAAUUCGCUGGCGCCUUGGAAACGUUAGACGCAGCAAGAACCAAGGAUGCUGAAGUGAACAACGGCGCAAGUGCCAGGGAAAUCGACCAACUAUACUACAAGGCGAGCCAACAAAGAUUCCAGUCCAACACCGGUAACGACUCCCCAGAGGAAACCUACCAAAGGGCCAUGAAAGAUCCUGAAGUAGCUGCCAUCAUGCAAGAUCCUGUCAUGCAAAGUAUUUUGCAACAGGCUCAACAAAACCCUGCUGCUUUACAAGAACAUAUGAAGAACCCAGAAGUAUACAAAAAGAUCCAAACUUUAAUUGCCUCUGGUAUUAUCCGCACUGGCCGCUAA